AUGUUGGGUCGAAAACAAAGCCUGAAAGGAGAACCGGUUCUGGCAGACUAUGGCCCAGAAGAAUCUUUAAAUGAGAGUGCUGAUAUUGAAUGGGUCAACAAGUUAUGGGUUAGAAGAAUAUUAAGACUAUGUGCAUUACUCAGUUUAAUGUCUGUUUCUCUGAAUACACCAAAAUCAUUUGAGAAAUAUCCAUAUCUACAAACAAUAACAUUUGCAGUAGAUUGUUGUGUAACUCUCUUAUUUACAGCAGAAAUGAUAGCAAAAAUGCAUAUAAGAGGAAUACUUAAGGGUGAUGUGGCCUACUUAAAAGACCACUGGUGCCAAUUUGAUGCAUCUAUGGUAUUUUUUCUUUGGGUGUCAGUUCUACUACAAAUGUUUGAAUUGACUGGUAUUGUACCAAGAUACAGCUAUCUAAGUAUAUUGAGAGCACCAAGACCUUUGAUUAUGAUACGGUUUUUGAGAGUAUUUUUGAAAUUCUCUAUGCCAAAAUCUAGAAUUAAUCAAAUAUUCAAACGAUCCAGUCAACAGAUUUAUAAUGUGACACUGUUCUUUUUAUUUUUUAUGUCACUAUAUAGUCUCCUUGGAGUACAGUUUUUCGGUGAAUUAACCCAUCAUUGUGUCAGAAAUGAUACUAAUCCUCAUGAAAUAACUAUUAACUCACUGGCUAUCCCUGAUACAUUUUGUUCACCUGACCCUGGCUCCGGAUAUCAAUGUCCUGCAGGCAUGAAAUGUAUGAAACUCAAUCUAUCUAAAUAUAUCAUGGGCUUCAAUGGUUUUGAAGAAUUUACUACAAGUUUGUUCACCGUGUAUCAGGCAUCUUCCCAAGAAGGAUGGGUUUUUAUAAUGUAUAGAGCUAUAGAUUCUCUACCAACUUGGAGAUCAGCUUUAUACUUCAGUACAAUGAUAUUCUUUCUCGCCUGGCUGGUGAAAAAUGUUUUCAUAGCAGUCAUAACCGAGACAUUUAAUGAAAUACGAGUGCAAUUUCAACAAAUGUGGGGUGUAAGGAAUCCUAUCACCAAAGGGAGCACAACGCAAUUUUUUACUGGCGAUGACAAUGGCUGGAAAUUAGUUACCAUAGAUGAAAAUAAGCAUUCAGGCAGUGCUCCAGAAAUAUUCCACAAAUUGCUGAGGUCUGCAUACUUUCGCUUAUUAGUUAUGGGAGUUGUUUUGGCUAAUGGAGUUAUAACCGCAACCAUGAAUUUUAAACAUGACGACAACCCGAGAGAAUUCUUUUAUGAAAAAUACUAUUACAUAGAGAUUGCUUUCACAAUCUUCUUGGACUUAGAAGCAUUAAUAAAGAUAUGGUGUUUGGGUUUGAAAGGUUACUUCAAGCAUUCUGUACACAAAUUUGAGUUGCUUUUAGCUAUUGGUACAACAAUUCAUAUAAUACCCCAGCUGUAUAUGUCAGGGUUCACAUACUUUCAGGUUCUUCGAAUUGUAAGACUAAUCAAAGCAUCUCCACUAUUGGAAGGAUUUGUAUACAAAAUCUUUGGGCCUGGAAAGAAACUUGGCAGUCUGAUAAUAUUCACAAUGUGCUUACUUAUAAUCAGUUCAUCUAUAUCCAUGCAGUUAUUUUGUUUUCUCUGUGAAUUCACUAAAUUUGAAACAUUUGAUGAGGCAUUCAUGUCUAUGUUCCAAAUCUUAACCCAGGAAGCGUGGGUAGAAGUAAUGGACGAAACAAUGGUACGAACAAGUCAAACUUUAACACCUUUGGUUGCCAUUUACUUCAUAUUGUACCACCUAUUUGUCACAUUGAUUGUGUUAUCACUUUUCGUGGCUGUGAUCCUCGAUAACUUAGAACUGGACGAAGAUAUCAAAAAGUUAAAACAACUAAGAUACCGGCAACAAAGCGCUGAGAUUAAAGAAAGCCUACCCUUCAGAUUGAGAAUAUUCGAGAAAUUUCCUGACAGUCCCCAAAUGACAAGGUUGCAUAAAGUUCCGGGCGACUUUAAUCUUCCAAAGGUUCGCGAGUCAUUCAUGCGACAAUUUGUGUGUGAGGUAGACGGUGAAGAGGACGUAGGUACAACAGGUGGCGGCGGUGGCGAUGUGUCGAGACGUGCCUUUGAGUAUAUCGGCGUUGCUAAAAUCGCGUUCCCAUAUCGUAAGCGAUGUCUUGUCAAGACCCUUAUGGUGGCGCCACCAUCACAACGGCCCAGUUCCGCUCUAAGGAGACAUGUUGUAUUAUUUGUGUUGCAGUCGAGGAUCUAUCGAUUCAGGGAUUCCAAUAAUCAUAGACCACUAUUGGGCGAUUCAGCUAUGUUGGCCACUGGAGGUAAAUCCGGACUGAAGCCCCAGGGAACUAUAACAAGUGCUAAACAGUUACGGGUUGACCAAAAAAAGUUCGGCUCACGUUCAAUCCGGCGGUCGGUGCGCAGCGGCUCAAUCAAACUCAAGCAAACAUACGAACAUUUGUUGGAAAACGGUGACAUCGGAGCUGCGUCACGUGUCGUACCAUCAUCUCGGGCGCGUCCUCCCUACCUCGACAUCCGUCUGCUGCAGGCCAAGAGACAACAAGCUGAAAUGCGCCGAAACCAACGAGAGGAAGAUUUGCGUGAGAAUCAUCCUUUGUUCGACACACCGCUACUUAUAGUGCCAAGAGAGUCUCGCUUCAGGAAGAUAUGUCGCGCUAUAGUUGAUGCCCGAUACGAUGCUCGCUUGCGGGACCCGGUCACUGGCAAUGAAAGAAAAGUUCACUACAAAAGUUUUCAUAAUUUCUUGGGGUUAGUAACUUACAUGGAUUGGGUCAUGAUUAUGGUCACCACUCUCUCUUGUUUUUCCAUGAUGUUUGAAACCCCCACAAACCGAGUUAUGGCCAAUUUUGUUUUGCAGAUUGCUGAGUAUGGAUUUGUCAUCUUCAUGAGUCUAGAACUGGCCUUAAAAAUUUUAGCCGACGGAUUAUUUUUCACGCCUAAAGCUUAUCUUAAAGAUGCUGCGGCAGUACUGGACGUUUUUAUUUAUAUCGUAUCACUGACAUUCCUUUGCUGGAUGCCAGUGCGGGUGCCACCGGGCUCGCCCGCGCAGAUGCUCAUGAUUCUACGUUGCGUACGUCCUCUGCGUAUUUUUACGCUUGUCCCCCACAUGAGAAAAGUUGUCUACGAACUGUGUCGUGGAUUCAAAGAGAUUCUACUGGUAUCGACGCUUCUGAUUCUUCUGAUGUUUGUGUUUGCGAGUUAUGGUGUUCAGCUGUAUGGUGGCAGGCUAGCGCGUUGUAACGAUCCUACAAUAACUCGACGUGAGGACUGUGUAGGAGUGUUUAUGCGACGCGUAUUCGUUACUAAAAUGAAGAUACGACCAGGACCCAAUGAAACUUUCCCUUCGAUGCUGGUACCAAGAGUGUGGGCAAACCCGAAACGAUUCAAUUUUGAUAACAUUGGUGACGCGCUGCUCACGUUAUUUGAAGUACUUUCGUUCAAAGGCUGGCUAGAUGUUCGCGAUGUGUUGAUCAAAGCACUGGGACCGGUUCAUGCUAUCUACAUACAUGUUUAUAUCUUUUUGGGCUGCAUGAUUGGAUUGACCUUGUUUGUAGGCGUCGUGAUAGCAAACUAUUCUGAAAACAAAGGCACUGCUUUAUUGACGGUUGACCAGAGGCGGUGGUGUGAUCUAAAAAAGAGGUUGAAAAUUGCCCAGCCGCUGCAUUUACCGCCACGUCCUAACAAACGCAAAGUUCGUGCGUUCGCGUACGACGUCACACAAAACCUGAGCUUUAAACGAGUGAUCGCCAUCGUUGUACUUAUUAAUAGUGGAUUGUUGGCAGUUACGUGGUCUCGCUACUCGCCGUACACUGAACAACUAGCUCUGACGUCCGCUCUACUGACAUUGGUGUUCGUGGUGGAAGUAUUGCUGAAGACGAUAGCGUUCACCCCGCGCGGCUAUUGGCAGAGUCGACGCAACCGAUACGAUUUGCUCGUCACCGUCGCCGGCUGCAUAUGGAUAUUUAUGCAUUUCACAUUGAAGAACGACUUAUCGUACUUCGUGGGGUUCAUGGUAGUGAUCCUGCGUUUCUUUACGAUCACGGGCAAACACACAACGCUGAAGAUGUUAAUGCUCACCGUCGGAGUGAGCGUCUGCAAGAGUUUCUUUAUCAUAUUCGGCAUGUUCCUACUUGUCUUCUUCUAUGCACUGGCGGGUACCAUUGUAUUUGGUAAUGUCAAAUAUGGCGAAGGUAUUGGACGGCGGGCGAACUUUAACUCACCGAUCCACAGCGUGGCAAUGCUAUUUCGCAUAGUGACGGGCGAGGACUGGAAUAAGAUCAUGCACGACUGCAUGGUGGCGCCGCCCUACUGCACGCCGGCUGACAACUACUGGGAGACGGACUGCGGCAACUUCACCGCCUCGCUGGCCUACUUCUGCACCUUCUACGUCAUCAUCACUUACAUUGUGCUCAACCUGCUCGUGGCUAUUAUUAUGGAGAAUUUCUCACUGUUCUAUUCAAACGAAGAAGAUGCUUUAUUAUCAUACGCCGAUAUAAGAAAUUUUCAAAACACGUGGAACGUUGUGGAUGUUCAUCAGAAAGGUGUUAUACCAGUAAAGAAGGUAAAAUUUAUUUUGCGUUUACUAAAAGGUCGUUUGGAAUGUGACACACACAAAGAGAGACUAUUGUUCAAAUAUAUGUGCUAUGAACUGGAACGUUUGCAUAAUGGAGAAGACGUUACCUUCCAUGAUGUCAUCAAUAUGCUAUCUUAUCGGACGGUGGACAUUCGCAAAUCUCUACAAAUGGAAGAAUUGCUGGCAAGAGAGGAGUUUGAGUUCUUGAUCGAAGAGGAAGUGGCUAAACAAACUAUACGAACGUGGUUGGAGGGCUGUUUGAAGAAAAUACGCGCUAAUAGCAGCAAACAACAAACAAGUCUUAUAGCUGGUCUGAGAAAAACGAACGAACAGGCUGUUGACCUUAACAGUGAGAAAGUGGACAAAGAGAAACAAGAAACUGAAGCUCAGGUCACCGCAAACCUAGGGCGUACGGAAAUUACAGAAUCGACUUCACAACCGGUUAUAUCUAACAUAACAUCUUCAUUUGAUUUGCCGCCUAAGAGAUCGUCCACUAAAAGUCAGUUUAAAAGACCUGGAUUACCAUCUGUUACCAUUCCUAGGCCCGAAAGCCCUAUUAAAAAGUAUCUUCAGCCAACACUCAGCGAUCCACAUCCAACUCUCAACAAAAAGUCGACAUCGGUGAAGAGCAACAGUCGAUCGCAACACGCCAACUCAGGAGGAGGAGGCUUCGCGGGCAGCGGGCGCGACCUGCCUGCCCUACACGACGUGCAAUCCUGGUGGGGUGCUCAGGUCGCCAGGCUCGCCGUCGGGGAUUGCGACUAA